AUGUCUUCUGUGGAUAAAAUUAUUUCUGAUAUCAUCAAGGACACUCCAGUGGGGGAGUUACCAAAAGUUAUUGAAGAUUUAAAACUUAUAAUUGAUAAAAACAUUAAUCAUGAAUUAUCAAUUGCUAUAAAAGAAUACAAUUUAACAAAUUUCACAAGUAUUGAUGUUGAGAACAAUCCAAUAAUUAUUUCAAAAUAUAACCAAGAUGAUGAUGAAUUUUUCAUUGAUUCCAAAAAUGGUGUUAAAUUUAAAGUUGAUCAUUUACUUUUAAAACCUCAAGAAAUUACUAAAAUUGAACAAUCCAUUUCAAAAUAUGAUUCAGAAUUAUCAAAAUAUGUUAUUGAUCAAUAUAAUCAAGGUGAAUAUUUAAUCAAUAAUGAUGUCAUUUUAAUAAAAGGUCAUAAAACAAGUUCUUUGAAUUAUUGGACAGGUUCAUGGAGAUCAAAAUAUGAUUUACAAACAGGGAAAGGUGAAAUUAAUAUAGAUGUUCAUUAUUAUGAAGAUGGGAAUGUUCGUUUACAAACUUUACAAAAUGUGGAGAUUGAUAUUUCAUCACCAAUAUCAAGUAUUAAACAAGUGGAGACCAAGAUCCAAUUAUCAUUAAAUAAACAGUUUGCAAAUUUGAAUGAGGCUGUUUUCAAACAAUUAAGAAGACAAUUACCAGUUACAAGAUCCAAAAUAAAUUGGGGUAAAGCUAUAGGGAAUUAUAAAUUAGGUAAAUUAACUUCUUCAUCAUCAUCAUCUUCUUAAACUAUCUUAUAUAUAGUAUAUAAUAUGAAAAAUAUAAUCAAUGUAAUUCCAAC